AUGGGUCAAGAGACAAUUUAUUUUGGUCGGUUCAUCUCGACCCCAAAGCCAGAGGAGCUCUUGAUUCGAACCGGCGCUGUGCUGGUGAACAAGAAGAACGGUAGAGGUGUUAUAGAACGGGCAGACUGGACUGUGAACGGUCCCAAUGAUGCAAUCAGCAAGUUUGGAGUUGAGGCACCGGUGGUGACGACAAAAGAGAACGGAUUUUUCUUUCCGGGGUUCAUUGACACUCAUAUUCAUGCUUCACAAUACCCGAAUGUGGGAAUAUUUGGCAAAUCGACGCUUCUAGACUGGUUGACAACAUACACAUUCCCCUUGGAGUCAUCUCUUGGUAACACUAAUUCCCCGAUGUACAAGGAUGCAACGGAACCUCCCAAUCCUCUGGCUCGAGCGAAGGCAGUUUACAACCGAAUAAUUUCGCGCACACUUGCAAACGGAACAACUACGGCCUCAUACUACGCCACCAUUCACCUUGAUGCCACCAAUUUGCUCGCCGACCUCGCUUUCGACAAAGGCCAAAGAGCCUAUAUUGGCCGAGUAUGCAUGGAUCGACCAGAGACUUGCCCAGAUUAUUACCGUGACGAGAGCUCAGAGGAGACGCUUACCAAUACGAAAGCUAGCAUAGAAUAUUGCAGGUCCCUGGACCCUUCCGGUGAGCUUUUGGCCCAUAUAAUUACCCCGAGAUUUGCGCCAAGUUGCUUGUCAGAAACUUUGUCGAAAUUAGGCUCUCUGGCGAAGGAAGAAGACAUUCGAGUUCAGACACAUAUCUCGGAAAACCUGAAUGAGGUUCAACUAGUGAAAGAGCUGUUUCCCGACCAGGCUACGUACACUGAUGUCUACGACCACCAUGGACUCCUAACUCCCCGAACCAUCUUGGCUCACGCAGUUCAUCUCAGCCAGGAAGAGAUGCGGCUGAUCAAAGAGAGAAAGACGAAGGUCAGUCAUUGUCCCGCCAGCAACAGUGCAUUGGGAAGUGGCUUUUGUCCAGUACGGGUGAUGCUGGAUGAGGGGGUUGAGGUUGGCCUGGGAACUGAUGUCAGUGGUGGAUACAGCCCGAGUAUCCUCGAUGCCGUCAGAAACGCUUGCAUUGUGAGUCGUCAUGUUGGUUUUAUCAACGGCGGUGACAGCAGGUAUAACCUCGGAGUAGCAGAGGGCCUGUGGCUAGCAACCGUGGGCGGAGCAAAAGUGGUGGGCAUGGAAGGUCGUCUCGGCGGGUUUGAGGAAGGAAUGCUGUGGGAUGUUCAAGAGAUCAUCAUGGGAGAUGUCAGCUCCAGUGGUGACGGAGAGGAGACGGGUGUGGAUAUUUUCGGCUGGGAGCAAUGGGAUGAUCGGGUGGCUAAAUGGGUAUGGAAUGGGGACGAUAGAAAUGUUCAACGGGUAUGGGUUGGGGGAAGACUGGUACAUGAGAGGCGGUCAUGA